AUGGAGGGUGGUCAGUGGGGGGCAGGGGCAGGAGGGGGAGUCCUACAGCCAGUACUUCUACUGAGGCUGGCGGUGACGGCGGCGGUGCUAACAUGCGCAGCGUGCCAUGAGCCAGUUCGGCACACGGUGGGAGGAUCAUUUGGGUGGAGUCCCAACGUCAACUACUCCGAUUGGGCGAAAAACCAAACCUUUUACAUCGGUGAUUGGCUCUAUUUUGUGUUCGACAAGCAUCAAUACAACGUGCUGGAAGUGAACGAGACUAGCUACGGCAACUGCACGGACAAAGACUUCAUAAAGAACAUAACCCAUGGAGGGCGGGACGUGUUCAACCUGUCGGAGACGAAGCCCUACUACUUCUUGAGCAGCGGCGGCUACUGCUUCCACGGCAUGAGGCUCGCCGUCUCCGUCCACGAUAUUCCCUCCCCACCCCUUCCCGCCCCCGCUCCCCCCAAUAACUCCUCCCCCGCCAUUUGCCGCUGCUGGAUCCUUUCUUUCGUCGCCUUGCAGCCGGUGGCGGUGGCCUUCUUCUUCUUCUUCUUCUUAAGCACUAGUUGA